AUGGUGCGGCUUCCGUUGCCACAUCGCCUCAGCUCCCACCUGAGCGCCAAAAGCAAUGCUUCCACUCCCGGUCAAAGUAGAAGCACCAGUCCAAUGCGAUCCGGCGAUCCGAAGCCUCUGGUCCUGAAGGUGUCCGUAUUACGAGGGAGAAAUCUAGCUGCAAAGGAUCGUGGCGGCACAAGUGAUCCGUAUCUCAUCGUCACCCUUGGAGAUGCACGCCAAUCGACCCCGACGAUAUUCAAAACCCUCAAUCCGGAAUGGAACGUCACGUUCGAGAUGCCCGUGGUGGGCGUCCCUCUGUUGGAGUGCAUUUGUUGGGAUCAUGACCGGUUUGGGAAAGACUACCUGGGCGAGUUUGACAUUCCGCUCGAGGACAUCUUCUCGGACGGGGAGAUUAAUCAGGAGCCCAAAUGGUACACAUUGAAAUCGACACGGAAACCGACCAAGAAGAAGGAUAGCAACAUCUCCGGCGAAAUUCUCAUGCAAUUCUCGUUGACCGAUCCCGGAAACCCGUUGGCUACCCCACCCGAGAUAUACAAUAAAUUUAAACAGCUUGUGAGCUCGGGAGAUGACGAGGACGAGUACCCCCAGGUCCCGCCGAACGACCUGGGCGAUGUCGAUGAAGAAACGUCCGACGAGACGGACGAUCCUACGAAGCCGGAGGUGGUUGAGAAACGGAGAAGACGCAUGCGACUGGCACGUCUCAAACGUAAAUCUCUCGCCGCGAGAGCCUACCAAUUCUCGGGUGCUGGCAACGGAGUACAGGGGAUUGUAUUUAUGGAGAUCGUUCGAGUUACGGAUCUUCCGCCGGAACGGAAUGUUACUCGUACCUCCUUCGAUAUGGACCCCUUCGUUGUUACUUCGCUGGGUAGAAAGACUCUCCGGACGCCGGUCGUGCGCCACAACCUGAACCCGACGUACAACGAAAAGAUGGUGUUUCAGGUCAUGAAACAUGAACAGUUAUACACGAUAAGCUUCACGGUCAUGGACCGGGACAAAUUCUCGGGAAAUGACUUUGUCGCCUCGGCUGGGUUUCCCCUUCAAACCCUGAUCCAUGCCGCACCGGAAGCAGAUCCGGAGACCGGCCUGUACAAAUUCCUAGGCCCCAAUCUUGACCCGACGGGUUCUGAUGACUCCUCGUCCGGGACCAAAGGUGGGAUCAAAAUAUCGGUUAGUCCGUCACCAUCCACCCGGAGCUUGUCAAAGCUGUCAAGACCUGUUUUGAAGUCCAGGAGCUCCACUGCUUCCUUGCCAAAUCAAUUAACUCCGGAAAAUGCGAUCCCAAUACCCCCUUCGUCUGUCCCGGAAAGCGGGAGCAGUAUGCUAUCUACCUCCGCCACUAGCAAUGACGGCGGCGCCAUUGCACCGCUCGAAUCUGAGGGUCUCCAGACAUACCGCAUUCCGUUGACGCUCAAGAACAAGGAGCGCUGGGAAGACAAACACUUUCCAGAGCUGGUUAUCAAGGCGAAAUACAUGCCUUAUCGUGCCCUCCGGCAGCAGUUCUGGAGACUCAUGCUCAAACAGUAUGAUGCCGACGACAGCGGCCGCAUCGACAAAGUCGAGCUUACCACGAUGCUCGAUACCCUUGGUUCAACACUGAAGGAAUCUACCAUCGAUGGCUUCUUCCACCGGUUUAGCGAGGAGAACCGGCCCAGCGAGACCAUGGACCUGACGUUUGACCAAGUCGUGAUGUGUCUUGAAGACACUCUUCAAGCGUUGCAGAAGGACCCAAAAAUGCUCGCCAGGAGCCUGUACGAACAAACCUCUUCGACUGGCAGCCAAGAAAGCGAGGAUCAAUCCAACAGCGACGAGGAUGAACUCGCAGUUGAAACCAGCACAGCCGCACCAGCCAACGCGGACCCGAAUGACACAUCUGUGCCAACGUUAGCCACCGAGGAUCAGCCUUCUCCAAACUAUGAAGAUCUCCGCCCAGAUGACCUGGGUGACGAGCGUGGCGAAGAGCAUGUGAUCGAGCUGCGGGAAUGCCCUCUAUGCCACCAGCCACGACUUUCAAAACGCUCUGACGCAGAUAUCAUUACGCAUAUCGCGACGUGCGCGAGCCGAGACUGGCGGCAGGUUGACAAUCUCGUGAUGGGCGGCUUUGUCACCUCCAGUCAGGCGCAACGCAAGUGGUAUUCGAAAGUCAUUACCAAGAUUUCCUACGGGGGCUACAGGCUAGGCGCCAACUCCGCAAACAUCCUGGUGCAAGAUCGGAUCACAGGACAGAUAAAUGAGGAGCGGAUGAGCGUUUAUGUUCGCCUCGGAAUUCGUCUGCUUUACAAAGGGUUGAAGAGUCGGGAAAUGGAGAAAAAGCGAAUUCGCAAGAUUUUGAAGUCGCUUAGUAUCAAGCAGGGCAAGAAGUAUGAUGAUCCCGACUCCGCGAGCCAGAUCCGGGACUUCAUCAACUUCCACCAGCUUGAUAUGUCGGAAGUUCUCCUUCCCUUGGAAGAAUUUAAGACUUUCAACGAGUUCUUCUAUCGUCAACUCAAACCGGGCGCUCGGCCUUGCUCGGCUCCGGAUGAGCCCAGAAUCGUUGUGUCCCCUGCGGAUUGCCGGAGUGUCGUGUUUGACAGUAUUGAUGAAGCCACCAGUAUCUGGGUGAAGGGACGAGAGUUCACCAUUGAACGGCUUCUUGGUUCUGCCUACCCCGAUGAUGCCAAGCGGUAUAAGAACGGGGCUCUGGGUAUCUUCCGCCUGGCCCCUCAAGAUUACCAUCGUUUCCAUAUCCCCGUGGAUGGCGUCAUGGGUACCCCCAAGACCAUCGAGGGAGAAUAUUACACGGUGAACCCGAUGGCGAUCCGUUCGGCUCUCGACGUGUAUGGCGAGAAUGUGCGAGUACUGGUGCCGAUCGAUUCCGUCGCUCAUGGACGUGUGAUGGUAGUGUGUGUCGGAGCCAUGAUGGUUGGCAGCACCGUCAUCACCCGCCAAGCCGGAGAAAAGGUGGCGCGAGGAGAAGAACUCGGCUAUUUCAAGUUUGGCGGAAGCACUCUCCUCCUGCUAUUUGAAGAUGGUGCUAUGAAGUUUGAUAAGGAUCUCGUGGACAAUUCGAAGGGAGCCCUGGAGACUUUGAUCCGAGUCGGCAUGUCCGUGGGCCACAGCCCCGAGAUCCCUCAGUUCGAGCCUGACAUGCCCAAGAAGGCAGAGAAGGUCACUCUGGAAGAGAUGCAGGCGGCCAAACGUCGAAUCGAAGGGAGCUUGGCUCCCCCGACGGACGCGCCUGUAGAAGCGUGA